CAGUCUUAGUUCGACUUCACAAACUGCUUGUGAAACUUUUGAAUCCUCUGCUUCGUUCAUCUCCAAGGGACUCGAGCCUCAUCAUGGUGUCAAUGGGACGACAGAUGCUGGGCUUUGCCCUAGCCAUCAUUGGCUUCCUGGGGACCAUCAUCAUUUGUGCCAUGCCUAUGUGGAAGGUCACAGCCUUCAUUGGAGCCAACAUUGUGACGGCACAGAUUAUCUGGGAAGGUUUAUGGAUGAACUGUGUCAUGCAGAGCACUGGCCAGAUGCAGUGCAAAAUCUAUGAUUCUCUGCUGGCUCUUCCUCAGGAUCUUCAGGCUGCCAGAGCUCUUGUGGUCAUUGCUAUCAUUGUUGCUUUUAUGGGAGUUAUCCUGGGCAUUGCUGGAGGAAAGUGCACCAACUUUGUGGAUGAACAACGUGCCAAAUCCAGAGUGGCCAUUGCUGCUGGAGUUGUCUUCAUCUGUGCUGGUGUGCUUGUACUCAUCCCUGUAUGCUGGUCUGCCAACACCAUCAUCCAAAAUUUCUACAACCCUACCUUGAUAAAUGCCCAGAGGAGAGAGAUGGGGGCUGCACUCUACAUUGGCUGGGGCACAGCUGCACUUCUAAUCCUGGGUGGUGCACUCCUGUGCAGCUCCUGCCCACCCAAAGAGAGCCCAGAGUAUCCAGUGAAGUACGGCGGUGCCAGGUCCAUAGCCACCAGCCGAGCCUAUGUUUGAGAUUCCACUGAGAAGGACUAUAAAUGAUUUUAAUUUUCUGCAGUAACCCGCCUUUAUUCUAAGUCUCUAAAAACAACACAAGUUAUACAUCACUUUCUGUGUUAAGGUAAACAAUUCUGACUUUCUGUGAAAUUCAGAAUUCUUUGGUAGAGACAUGAAGGUUGUGUUUCUUAGACAAAAGUCCAAAGAUGUGUGAAUCACAGCGCUUCCAGCAGGCCCCAAUACUGGACUGAAUGAAACUAUUUUAUACUGAACUUGUAUCAAACCCUAUUAUCUCUGAAGUCUUGUGGGAAUUCUAACCUGUGCUUGAAAGAUGCUAUGCAAGAAAAUCAAUGUAUAGUACUACUAGUGUAUUGUGAAUAUAUUGUAUAGAAUAUUUAGAAAUAUCUCUGUUCAACUGCAAUAUGAAAGCACUGCUUUUGUUUACUGAACUGAUUCGUAAUAAAACAUUUUACUCAAUUAUA